AUGGGCAGGAUAAGUUUCGCCAGCAAAGAUGUCUCUGUCGAGACGGUCGAGAAGGGCACAGUGGUCCCGGAUUCACCACUUUCGCCAACCAGGCCGCCGGAGGAAAUUGCCAUGGAGCAGCCAGAAUGGAGGGCCACUGAGAAGAGCCUCGUGAGGAAGUUGGACAUGUCGUUGCUACCAGUGGUCUGGACAUUGUACAUGUUCAACUUUCUCGACCGGAACAACCUGGCACAGGCGAAAUUGAACGGUUUCGAGAAGCACCUGGGCCUUGUGGGGAACCAGUUCAACACUGCUGUGUCGGUAUUCAACGUCGGGUAUAUGACCGCACAGCUGCCGUCCAACAUGCUCAUAACACGGGUCCGGCCGAGCAUAUAUAUCCCCUGCUGCGUGAUUCUGUGGUCAUGCGUAUCCGCUUCAACGGCAGCGGCUAAGGACUUUUCGAGUUUGGCGGUCAUCCGAGUCUUCUUGGGCGUGGUUGAAGCGCCUUUCUUCCCGGGGGUCAUCUACAUCCUGUCAUGCUGGUACACCCAGAAGGAGCUCGCCUUCCGUACCGCGAUCCUUUACUCUGGCAUGCUCGUGGCCACCGCCUUCGCAGGGCUCAUCGCCGCCGCCGUGUUCGCGCAUCUAGACGGCGUCCGCGGGCUGGAGGGGUGGCAGUGGCUCUUCAUCAUCGAGGGGGCGGGCAGCUUUGCGUCGGCCUUCACCGCGCUUGCGUUUCUGCCGGAUUACAUCGGGAGCAAGACCGGGGUCUGCUCGUGGCUGAUGAGCGAGGAGGAACUGAGGGUUGCGAAGAUGAGGAUGGACGCCGACCGGGUGACGGUGCCGGAGGAGAAGGGGACUGUAUGGCAUGGACUAAGGCUUGCUGUUACGGACAUCAAGACAUGGGGGUUUGUCUGCUUGAAUGUCUUUUUCCUCUCUUGUCACGGGCUGACGAGCUUCUUCCCUACGAUCGUCCAGGGGUUCAAGCUGGGCUCGAACACGAUCGCGCUCGUGCUCACGGCGCCGCCCUACCUUCUAGCCGCCGUCGUCAGCAUCGGGGUCGCCAUGUCCAGCGACAGGCGGGGCGAGCGCGGCCUUCACAUCGUGGCCCCCUUGUGCGUCGCCAUGAUCGGGUACAUCAUCACGGCCUCGACGGUCAACAGUCCCGUGCGGUACUUUGCCAGCUUCCUCUUCGUGCCGGGGGCAUUCGCGCCGACGGGCUUGAUCUUCAGCUGGGCCGCGAGCACGCUGAGCGCCACCCCCGAGAAGAGGGCCGCGGCGACGGCGCUCGUGUGUCUGCUGGCGCAGCUGGGGGGAAUCUGGGGGCCAUACUUCUUCAGGCCGCAGGAUAGUCCGCGCUACUUGCUGGCGUUUUGUCUGAUGCUCAUGUUCUCAUGUCUUACGGUGGGCAUGGUGUUUGUGAUGAGGCUCGCGUUGAAGUGA